UCUGGAGCCUGUGGUUUCCAGCCAUGCCAAAGACACGCUGGACCCGAAUAGCAGAGGAUGUAGACUCAGCAUCUGCCACUCUGGGGGGAUUUUCCCCUGGAUGAAGUCAAGGAAAAUUGGCUCUAAACAGUCAACUUCAGCCAAGGACGGUAGGCCAUCUAGCGCUGCAGGCGGAGGAGAGAGGCGAGAGAGGACAUCCUUCACUAACAGCCAACUGCUGGAACUGGAGAAGGAGUUCCACUUCAGCCCCUACCUGCGACGCCACUGGAGACAAGAGAUGGCAGCCAGACUGCAGCUCACCGACCGUCAGGUCAAGAUCUGGUUUCAGAACCGCAGGAUGAAGCUUAAGAAGGAGCAAAAGUAUGGCAGGGCGACAGGUUUGUCCCAGGAUUCCCUUUGUGAGCUGCACAUGGGGCUCCCAGUAGCAUGUGCUGUCAGAACUUCCUUCUCCUCUUCCUUGGAAUCACACUCCAUGGAUCACACGAUGCUGUCUCUAUUUGACCCUGCAGACAUGUCCUAUCUAAACUGCAUGCUUCCAGCUGUUGCGAAUGGUCCACCUCCCUCGUACACAAAUACAGAAGGUCAUCAGAAAGUCAGCAUUUCAAACUGGCUCUGAGGCCCUAUAAAGGCCCUCUCUUCUGUCCUUAAACAUAUUUCUUCUCCUGUUCACCUUCAGCUACUUAUAAAAGACUGGAGGAUGUGUGAACAGCAUCCCAGGAAUGCCAUCUACUUACCACAUCCAUUCACUGAAACAUAAAAUGAAACAUUUUAAUUAAACUAUAUGAGCACAUCUUAAUUAAAAGAGAGCAGUGCAAUAUUCUUUGUGUUUAUAGGCACAACAAGAGAAGACUGCAUGUCUUUAAAAAUUUUGCAUGGAGGAUUUUUGAACUCGUUAUACACGACUAUUCACAGCUCAUUCCAAAAGUAUUCAUACCACUUACAUCUUUUUUCCAUAAAUCUUUAUGUACUUGGUUGGGAUUUUACACCAAUAUAAAGCAAUUUACAGUUGUGUGGCUGAAAGAAAACAACACUUGGUUUUCAAUCUUUUUUUUUUCACAGAAAAAUCCAAGUAUAAUUCAAUCUGAUAAUCCAAAAUAAAAUACUCCAAAUUGCUGUCAAAAUUAACAUAUUUUCAAAGCGAAGUCUACAUGUGAGUAAUUUCAUUCUGUGAAAGCCUCAGAAGUGCGUUAGAGAACAUCAGUGAACAAACACCAUAAUCAAAAGUCACACAAAACAUAAAAUUUCUCCAUGAAUGUUAUAGAUAUGGAUAAAUGUUAUAAAUGUUAAAUAUUCCAAGCUUUUGAGGUCUUGGAGAGUUCUAUCUAAUCCAUCAUCUCUAGAUGAAUCUAGAUCUUCCUGCAAACCAACCAAGACACGACCAUCCACCUAAAUGGUGGGUCUGUAGUAAAAAGAUAAAACAAGCAAGAUAAUAAUAUAAAAAGAUAAAAAUAAACACAUAAUAUUGUUCACUGAGUCACCAAUAAAUGAUGACAGCAGUGGUUCCACAAUCUUGAGGUAAAUCUGACUGUCCUCAAUGCGGGGUUUGCUAAAAUUAUAUUAUUGCAUUUCACAGAUAAUGUGUCAUGCGAUAAUAUACACGUGCAUUUUUACGUAACAUUUCUGAGCACAGCUGGACAUGUGGGUAUAGCCUUAUGUACAAACGUAUGGCUGUCACUACUUCAUGUAGGCACUGUAAGUAGUACCCUCAUACCAUCAUUGUAGACCACGUAAAGUUUCUGCAUGCUGCGUCUUUUGUAUAGUCACAACAGAUGGGCAGUAUAUAGUGAAUCACAAAAUCCAUGGCAAGAUUUGGAAAUGGUGUUCACAGAUGCUCUCGGGCAGAACUUGAGCUUUGUUACAAAGAUGAAUGGUCAGAAGUUUCAGUCUUUUUAUAUGCAAAGCUGGACAGAACCCAAAAAAACCUGCUGCUGUAAUUGCAGCUAAAAGUGGCUCUGCUAACUUUAGACUCAGAGGAGCCUGAAUACAAGCUGUGUAUUGUUUCAUUUUAGUUCCACUGUAUUUAAAUAAAAUACGUUGAAGUGUGUGAGUGUAACAUGACGAAAUGUGCAAAAGUUGAACACACGUGUGAAUAUGCUUGGAAGCCCUGAAGUUACAGCAAGGAAAUAUUGCAGAUAUUAACUUUUUUGCACGAAGGACAUUUUGAACAACUAAUACUGUUUCUUUUUGUGUUAUUUGUGUUGUUUUCCAAGCAAAUUUGUUGUUUGAAUAUCACUAGGCGGUAGUAUUUUUUUCAUAGCUAACUGUUAAUGUGAAGUGUUAAAAUUGUGAAAUGAGAAGAACAUUGUUCAUGUUUCAUUAUUUUUUUUAUUUUAUAGAGGUUGUUAUACAUUCAGUGAGUUUCCCCAUUAUUUUUGAUGAAUGUUUCCAAACUGAACAUGCUUAAUAAACACAUUUAGGAAAAUUGUAA